CCCCGGCCGUUCAAAGCCAGAAACGUAUCGACAUCGGUAAAACAUUGGUCUCACGUGUGAUCGACGUAUAAUCGAGCUUCAGUUCGUCUCAUUCGAUUUUUCCUCUUUCUAUCAGUUCUUUCUUUUUCUGCGACCGUGUCGUUUCGCGGGCUCGUCACGUCGAGCAGGAAAAUUGUAGUCAUUUAAAAAAGAAGAACAGACAGCCGAGCAGGAUGCGCUCCCAGACCAUCGUUCUAAUCGUGUUCGGAAUACUAGCCGUGGCCUUGUCUUCGCCAGUACCAGGCUACCAUGGUUCGCACCAGCACGUCCGUAUCCAUGUGCCUUAUCAUGUGCAUACGGUUCAUCAUCAUCACGUGAAGAAGAUACCAGUGCAUCACGUAGAGAAGGUGCCCGUCCCUGUUCCAAUUCCUAUCCAUCACGUGCAAAAGGUGCCUGUUCCAGUGCCAGUCCAUCACGUCGAAAAGGUGCACGUACCUGUUCCGAUCGUCGAGAAGGUGCCUGUACCCAUCCCUGUUCACGAAGAAAAGAAGUGGUGGUAAUGGGAGCGCUUCGCUCUUCGGCUUGUUAUUAUUUAGAUUCUAAAAUAGGGGCGUUCGGGUUGCUAAUUUCACGACACUCCAAUUUUAUUCUUGCUCAACCAAAUCAUUCCCAGAAGUACGCAGAAGCUACGAGAAGGGAAUAGUACAAAAUGUAACUCGAAUUGCCUGCAUCAUUAGUCGUUUAAGUUUGUAAUAUAGAACUAAUAUCACUUGGUAUGCACAUGUGUGUACUUAGGUUAAAAAUAUUUGUACAUACUUUAUAAUGUUAUUUUAUUUUUUAUACAA